AUGUUGGUGGGGCUGUUUUUCAACAAUCUCAUACGUACGCCUAAAGUUCACUGUCGAAAAUCAGUUUUACGCUGUAUGAAUAUCAUAAACCGUCCUUAUAGCACUGAAGAAGAUGAUGUACCUUUUCAUCUCAUGGUUGAAGGUUAUUAUGAUAAAGCAUCUGCUCUUGUCGAACAAAAUUUAAUGUCAAAACUCCAAUCAAAAGCGUCAGAUAACGAAAAGGCCAAGAUUGUCAAGGGAACGCUUAGCAUUAUACGACCACCUACCCACAUUUUUGAGGUCAAUUUUCCCCACAAAGCUGACGAUGGAACAUUCAAAAUUAUUCAAGGCUUCAGAGCUCAACAUAGUGUGCACAGAAGACCUACUAAAGGUGGUAUUCGGUAUAGCAUGGACGUGUGCAGAGAAGAAGUUAUGGCUCUUGCUGCUCUGAUGACCUAUAAAUGUGCCGUUGUGGAUGUCCCGUUUGGCGGUGCCAAGGGAGGAAUAAAAAUAAAUCCCAAAGAUCACUCUCCGGCAGAAUUGGAAAGGAUAACUCGUCGGUUUGCUCUUGAGUUGGCGAAGCAAGGAUUUCUUGGUCCUGGAACUGAUGUUCCUGCUCCAGAUAUGGGUACUGGACCCCGGGAGAUGAGUUGGAUUGCAGAUACUUAUGCAAACACUGUAGGGCACAACGAUAUGCAUGGUCAUGCUUGUGUUACGGGAAAAUCUAUCGCUAUGGGUGGAAUUCACGGUCGUAUUUCCGCCACAGGACGCGGGGUUUACCAUGGGAUUGAAAACUUCCUAAAUAACCCGCAAUACGCUGAUGCUAUUGGCUUGUCUCCAGGGUUGAAGGAUAAAACUUUCAUUGUCCAAGGAUUCGGUAAUGUUGGGUUGCAUACAAUGCGCUAUCUUGUACGAGCUGGCGCAAAAUGUAUUGGUGUUGCUGAAAUCGAUGGACAGAUCUACAACGCAGAUGGUAUAGACCCACGUGAACUCGAAGACUGGCAAAUUGCAAAUGGUACGAUUGUUGGUUUUCCACGUGCAAAACCAUAUACAAAAGGUUCUCUUCUUUUUGAAGAGUGUGAUAUUCUCAUUCCAGCGGCAAAUGAAAAACAAAUCCAUAGUGGCAACGCAGAUAAAAUUCGAGCGAAAUUAAUCGGUGAAGGUGCCAAUGGUCCUACCACACCAAAAGCUGACAAAAUAUUACGAGAGAAAAAUAAGCUGGUUAUUCCAGAUUUGUAUCUGAAUGCUGGUGGUGUUACUGUCUCGUAUUUUGAGUGGCUUAAAAAUCUUAACCAUGUGAGCUACGGCCGACUGACCUUUAAGUACGAACGAGACUCCAACUAUCAGUUGCUAAAUAGUGUACAACAGUCUCUAGAAAAGAAGCAACCGGUUAACCUAAAGUUUCGUUCUGAAGGAUAA